CACUCACUUCUCUGUUAGCUUUCCUUUCCUCUCUGUCCCUCCUCUCUGUCCCUCCAUAUCGUAUCUCUGUCUUCUCUACCAGUACACCUGUAAAGUAGAGCUGGGCUCAGAGCAACAGAACAUGUGGUCCCGAGAGCAACGGAAGAAAUACUCCAACUCCAAUGUCAUCAUGCACGAGACGUCUCAGUACCACGUGGAGCACCUGUCCACCUUCAUGAUGGACAAGACAGAGUCCAUUGCUACAGUGGACGAUGCCAUUAAGAAGCUGGUGCUACUGGACUCUAAAGGACAAGAUCUGGACCCAGGAGAUGCUGCUUCAGGUCAGCCGACAGGCUGUACGUCUACUGGAUGUUGAUAC